AUGUCAGGUGAUAAUAUUAUGCAGAAAUUGAAGGAGAAUGGGAAAGAGUAUAGAUGGGGUGAGGUGACGUUGAAGCUGGGCGAAGCUUAUGGAUACUGCUGGGGUGUUGAGCGCACCGUUAGAAUUGCUUACGAAGCUCGACACCAAUUUCCCCAUCGCAACAUUUGGCUCACUAAUGAAAUCAUUCACAACCCCACUGUUAAUCAGACGCUGGGAGAGAUGGGAGUGAACAUUCUCCCAGUGAAGGAGGGGAAGAAACAAUUUGAUCUGGUGGGGAAGGGCGACGUGGUGGUGCUGCCUGCGUUCGGAGCGCCGGUGCAAGAGAUGAUGCUGCUAACUCAAAAGAAUGUUGAGAUUGUUGAUACAACUUGCCCAUGGGUAGCUAAGGUGUGGCAUAGCGUUGAAAAGCACAAGAAGGGAGAGUACACAUCAAUAAUCCACGGUAAAUAUGCGCACGAGGAGACUGUGGCUACUGCUUCAUUUGCCGCCAACUAUAUCGUCGUCAAGAACGUCAAAGAGGCAACAUACCUUUGUGAUUACAUUUUAGGUGGUGCACUUGAUGGAUCCAGCUCCACUAAACAGGCGUUUCUCCAGAAAUUCGAAUUUGCCGUAUCCAAGGGUUUCGAUCCAGACAAAGAUCUGCAGAGAGUUGGUAUCGCGAAUCAGACUACUAUGUUAAAGGGAGAAACAGAGGAAAUUGGAAAAUUAGUGGAGAACAGCAUGAUGCGCAGAUACGGGGUGGAAAACAUCAACAAACACUUUAUAAGCGCCAACACGAUCUGCGACGCAGCUCAAGCGCGGCAAGAUGCAACUCAGAAACUGGUGGGCGACGAGGAGGUGGAUCUGAUCCUGGUGAUUGGAGGAUGGAAUUCUAGCAACACUUUAUCCCUUGAGGUGAUCGCCGAGGAGCAAGGAAUUCCUUCGUAUUGGAUUGAUACAGAGAAGAGGAUAGGUCCAGGAAACAUAAUCACUCACAAGUUAAUGCAUGGGGAGUUGGUGGAGACGGAGGAGUGGAUACCCAAGGGUCCGAUCACCAUUAGCAUUACAGCUGGAGCUUCAACUCCGGAUAAGGUUAUUGAAGAUAUCAUAGGCAAGGUGUUCGAGAUCAAGCGUGAGCAAGACUCAUGUGCAAUAUAACUGCAUCCCAUCUUGCAGUCAUACUACAUAUGCCCUUCAUCAUACUUAAAACUCACUAAUACAAAAGAAUUAUAGCUACAGCCUCAGAAAUAUAGUCUGUUAGUCACGUUAUGUAACCAGACAAAAUUAAGUACCUAUCACAUGAAAAAUAAAAAUGGAACUAUAUGUACCAGAAACUGAGCUAAAUUUACUGCAGGUGAAUAGUGUGGUACUUAAAUUUAAUGCAAUUCUGAGUAUUUUAUGUGGAA